ACGCUCCCGAAUUUCCAAACAAAAAACCAGACCGAAGUUUAAAAACUUAGAAUCGUGCCCCAUGAUGUUACGAUGAAUCUCCAAAACAUCAUUUGAUUUAUCGAAAUUGUGGGUUUUAUCGAUCAAGAUUCGAUCCCAGUUUCGAUUUUUUUUUUAUUUGAAAAAAAAAAAAAAAUGAAUUUGGGAGAUCUUCAUAAAGUAUGGGAAAUUAAAACGCUGAAAAGAAAACCAGGAGAAGAAGAAGCGAAGAAGAUUUUGGAGAGAAUAGCCAAACAAGUGCAACCCAUUAUGCGGAAGCACAAGUGGAGAGUUAAAGUUCUCUCAGAAUUCUGUCCAACGAAUCCAUGCCUUCUAGGUGUGAAUGUCGGAUGUGGGUUUAAUGUGAAAUUGAGGCUUCGGAGGCCAAAUAGGGACUUGGAUUUCAUCCCGUUUGAACAAGUUCUAGAUACCAUGCUUCAUGAACUUUGCCAUAAUGUUCAUGGUCCUCACAAUGCCAACUUCUACAAGCUUUGGGACGAACUUAGAAAGGAAUGUGAGGAGUUGAUAUCGAAGGGAAUAAGCGGUACAGGAGAGGGUUUUGAUCUUCCCGGGAGGCGUUUGGGUGGGUUUUCUCGUCAGCCUCCUCUUUCAUCUCUUCGCCAAACUGCACUAACCGCAGCUGAGAAGAGAGCUCGUUUGGGGUCUCUACUACCAUCUGGACCUAGACGUCUUGGUGGUGACAGCUCCAUUAUGGCUGAUCUCAGUCCAAUUCAAGCUGCUGCAAUGGCGGCAGAAAGAAGGUUACAGGAUGAUAUCUGGUGUGGCUCUCAGUCUUCUGGUGAUGUGGAAAGUAGCUCUGAUAUCUCUGAAGACAUUGUAUACAUGGGGCAAAGUACAGGAAACACAAAGAACUCUAGUGGUUCAAGUGGACUUGCUGUGGAUGCUGUAUCUCGAAAAAGAAGUCGUGAAUCGAAUUCCAAAUUUGUUGAUCAAAGUUCAGAUACUUCAAGGUCAAUGCUUAAUCAUGAUGCCAGAUCACCUAAAGUUUGUAGAUCAGAGAACACUUCAGCUUCUCAAUCUAAUUGUAAUUCAAAUUCUGGUUUUGUGGAACUAUCCUCUGCUUCUACUCCUGCAUCUAUGCAAAACUGGGAAGCUGCUGGUAGUCUUGAAGAAACUGCUUUGUGGGAGUGUGAAGCAUGCACUUUAUUGAAUCCUCCAUUAGCCCCAAUAUGCGAAGUUUGUACCACAGCAAGGCCCAGAGGUUUUGGCACUGAGAACAAAACAUGGUCCUGUAAGUUCUGUACUCUGGAAAACAGUUUGACGUUGGACCGAUGUUCAGCAUGUGAUAAAUGGAGAUAUUCACAUGGUGCAUCAAUGGCAACUCCAGCACCUUAUCUUGGCACAUGAAAGUUCAAUCCUCAUUCCCCGUGAAUUCAUUUCUUCUGAAGGUCCUGAACAUUCAAAUUUCGAUAGUAUCUUUUGAUUUUGCUGGUUUAGUUCAGCUCUUACAUACUAACCUGGCUCAAGUAGCUUAUGUUUUUAUUACUUUCAUGUUCAUAAUUAAUAUAUUAAACAUUUUGGAUAUCACUGGAUUGUUUUUCUUAAAAUGGUGAUGAUGAAGUUAAGGUAAACAUAGAAAGCUGAUACAAAAUUUGAUGUUGCCAGAGUAAAGAUCAUUUAGCUGAUACUUGCAGUCUGCAUAUAGUUAUGCCGUUUUGCAACCGAAGCAAUAUGGAAGAACAACACAAGACAACAGCAAUGUAUGAGGCUGAAGAAACCAUUGGCCUUUUUAUUGUAAGCAUUUUUGUUCAUCAAGACUACUGGGUUAAACUGAGCUGGUUUGUGUAGGUUUGACUCCAUGCUAUAUUGAUUUGCUAGGAAAGAUAUGAUAUGCUUGAAGGGUAUGCCUAAAAUUUCCUGAUUAUUUAUCCUAACCGUUAUAUCAGCAGCUUGCUUGUUUUGAUCAUAAUGUAAAAUUAAGCUCUCUUGAAUGAUUU